AUGGCGCUGCCCGGGCCGACCCCAGCCCCGAGCUGGGAAGAGGACGAGUGUCUGGACUACUAUGGGAUGCUGUCGCUGCACCGCAUGUUCGAGGUGGUGGGCGGGCAGCUGACCGAGUGCGAGCUGGAGCUGUUGGCCUUUCUUUUGGACGAGGCUCCUGGCGCCGCUGGCGGCCUGGCCCGCGCACGGAGCGGCCUGGAGCUGCUGCUGGAGUUGGAGCGCCGAGGCCAGUGCGACGAGAGCAACCUUCGAUUACUGAGGCAACUCCUGCGCGUGCUGGCCCGUCACGACCUGUUGCCGCACUUGGCACGCAAGAGGCGCCGGCCAGUGUCUCCAGAACGCUACAGCUACGGCACCUCCAACUCUUCAAAGAGGGCAGAGGGCAGCUGUCGCCGUCGCCGCCGCCGCCGCCAGUCAGAUAGCUCUUCAGAUUCUCAGCAGGGUCAGUGGGAGACAGGCUCCCCACCAACCAAGCGGCAGCGGCGGAGCCGGGGGCGGCCCAGUGGUGGUGCUAGACGGCGGCAGAGAGGGGUCCCCGUUCCCCCCCAGGCGCAGCAGGAGCCAGCCAGGCCCAGCUCGGAAGGCAAAGUGACCUGUGACAUCCGGCUUCGGGUGCGAGCAGAGUACUGUGAGCAUGGGCCAGCCUUGGAGCAGGGCGUGGCGUCGCGGAGGCCCCAGGCUCUGGCGAGGCAGCUGGACGUGUUUGGGCAGGCCACUGCAGUACUUCGCUCAAGGGACUUGGGCUCUGUGGUGUGCGACAUCAAGUUCUCAGAGCUCUCCUAUCUGGACGCCUUCUGGGGCGACUACCUGAGUGGCGCCCUGCUGCAGGCCCUGCGGGGUGUGUUCCUGACUGAGGCCCUGCGAGAGGCCGUGGGCCGGGAGGCUGUCCGCCUGCUGGUCAGUGUGGAUGAGGCAGACUAUGAGGCUGGUCGGCGUCGCCUGUUGCUGAUGGAGGAGGAGGCGGGGCGUUGCCCAACCCAGGCCUCCUGA